GAUGUUACUUUAUUUCUUUUAAAAAUCUAGUUUGGUACCUAGUACUGUGGUUGGCCUUAUUUGUUAAAUUAGAGCUGCGCGCGCAGGCUAUCCGGGAGCGUCUGAUUCCGCCAUAUUGAAAUUUUUGUCCCUUUGUGUUUGUGCGAUCGAAGAUGCAGCCUUGUUGAGCAAUAAUGGAUCAAGAAUCUUCAUCAAAGUUUAUUGGUUCCUUGACCAAGUUUUUACAGUCUCUUUGCAAUGGCUAUGUUGACUUUGAAGAUGGUGUUGAACUUAUUGGGCACAUUUAUCUGAGUGUUGAUACAGGAAAAAAGAUUGAUUAUAUUUUGAAUGAAAAAGUGUGUAAAAGUGAUAAUUCAGUGACUUUCAUUAGCAAUAGCUUUCAUGCUCAGCCAGCUGAUAAGGUAAAAACUGCAUUAGGUAAGAAGUCUGAAGACAAAUCGGAUGGAGGUAUUAGGAAAGAUGACGAUAUUUUAUCUGAGUCAGCUGAUUCCUUGCCACGCACUUCAAACGUUGGCCCCAACCCUGGAAGAAGUGUCAGUUCGUUGAGACCAGGUAUUACAUCGCAAAAUCGAGGUUUAAAACGUCCAGGUUCACCACUGAUUUCGAGAAAAGCAUCCAGCCCACCCCAGCGUCGACCUCUGACUCCUCCUUCACAGAGACGCUCACAUUUACAACCUGCUAAAGUUUCCCUUGGAAGUCCAGCAUCAUCUAAGAAUAUUCCAUCCUCACCAUCAUCAUCAAGCCAAGAUAAUAUUCCAUCCCCGUCAUCAAAGUUAAAAACUCGCAAUGAUAACAUAACUUCUAUCCAGACAGUCCAGAUUCCAACAGAUGGUGGAGAUGCAGACAAAGACAGUCAGGUCCAGCCAACCCUUUUACCUGUUGUCCAAGUACCUGACCUUUCCAGCUUUCUUGGGUCUGCAUCUAGUGAAGGACAAGAUGUUUCUCAGGAGCAUGGGCUGGCCACAUCUGAUGAUACAAAGCCUGACACAGAUAUAACAUUCAUUAAAGAAGAAUUUAUCCCAGGUGCCUCAAGCUGCGCUCAGGCAGGCACCGGUGGCCAACCAUCAGGUCGUUCUAUGGAGGAGCAGUUACAAGACUCAGAAAGUCCAUCUGGUCUGUAUCCUGUUAUGCUGCAUCAAAACACUGCAGCAUUUUCAAAUACUGGUAGUGGUUUUCCAACUGGCUUCCCACAACUUGGCAAUGCAACAGCUACAUCAUCUCGUGCUGGCUAUAACCAGUCAGUUCCAAGUACUUCAGCUUCACAAGCUUCUGCUGACAUGUUCUCCAAUUCUGUUCCGGGUACAUCCAGUCAAGACAGCAGCAGUGGCGAUCCUGCAGUGUGGAUGGCACAGUCGAAGGUGAAAAGUGAGUGCCAGCACAGCGUAACCUUUGUAACCAAUUCUCGAGGCAAUGUGGACCUCUUCCUCGACGGCUACCGGCUGAACAAAGAAAAGUUUCUCUCUGCUCAUAGAACAUCCUGGAAGUGCAGACGCUAUAGGGCCGGCUGUCGUUUCCGCUGUGUUCUGGACGAACACAACAGAGUGUGCAAAUCGUGUACAAGACAGACUCCGCGACUCCGUGGACCAGUCCGAUGUCAGGAUUGCUGGAGGGGUCGUGGAAAUCGCCUUCAGCGACCGACCCUUUGGGGCAGUGGUUCGCACCCGAGAGUGCACCCGCUGACCCCCUGCAGCUCAGCCCCAUGUCGUAUCGGAGACCACGUCGGUGCAGCGCGGGCAACCAGUGUCGCAACUGCGGCAAGACCUACCGACAGUCGCAGCACAUGCUGCGGCACCGCCGCCAGUGCGAGGGCACCUUCCAGCUGCAGUGCGGCACAUGCGGCAAAGGGUUUUCCCGCCGCGACCUCUACAACCAACAUCUACGUAUCCAUCGUCGAUGACUAAGGCACACGGAUGACGUGGAUAGGAAGAAAGAAGUGAUCGGGUCAGGAAGUAUUCCAGUCGUGGACUUCAAAGUAUUUCUGAGGGUUUCGCCUCGGUAGAGACUCGUAGAGAUGUAUGCCAGUGGAAUGACUAUACACAUGGUCUGAGCAGGUCUGAAGUAACCAAGUUACACCAUGUAGUUGAAAUAUGUAUUCAUUCGCACUAUACAGUGGCACAGUUCAUGUGUGUGACACUUAAUCUUCCGCUGUAAAUAACACUAACUUGUCAUGGCGCACUUACACCAACCUCGACAGCAAGGUGAUAAUGAACAUCGCUUUUUUUCUCUACAGACCCUUACCUGUCCGUCCGUGGAAGAUGCGGCAGUAGUAGGUCAAGGCUGUUUGUGCUUUGGCGACAGGUUGGGUUUUGGGGUUUGUUUUUUAAAGUGUUUACGUUGUCGUCGGUCAGUCAUCCUCUCGCCUUGCUUUUUUAAUGACAACACAUUCCUCUUUGUCAUGUCUGAAACACACUCAGUGUCCAGCAUACAUAUCUUGUCUCUUUUACUUCUCCUCCCGUCGCCGUCCCUCUGUCAGCCUCUGUAGCUGACUUCAAGUAGCAGUCUGGAUGGAGAACGAGUGUUGUUUGGAAAUCGUGUUUGUAUCAACUACUGUAUUUUAUCAACACCACCUGCCAUGUGCUUCGUCACACAUACCAGGCAGGACUUUGCUUGGGCAUGGUCAGCUUGUGUCAAUGAGGGAGAUUUUAUCAAAUUAUUCUGGUGUUUUAAUUUUCCCCCAAUUGAUAUUAAACUUAAAAAAUAAACGACCAAUCUCACCUCGUACUUGGUUUCUUACUGGGGACACACCUUGUUUGUUAUGGCGAUGAUUCAGAGUUUACAAGUUUAUCUCCGUGGCACAAAAUAUGUAAAGGCCUACCUGAAUACUUAAUUAUUUUCAUAUAAGUGGAGUUUAGUUUGUUCAUUAAAAUUUGUUCAUCCCUAAAUGUGAGCAAAAUUUUUUAAAUACAUGUAUGUUCUAUUCGCGAAAUUAAGCGUUGGAUCAUGGUAGUUCUCACCUGGGUCAGGAAUUUCCUGUGAAAUGGCAACACCUGAAUAUCAUAUCCUCAAAGCUCUCGCAUUGUCUGUGGCCUCCAGUGAGAAGAAUGAAUUUAGGUGAAGCAUUUAAAAAACACAGCACAUUUUGUUAAGGAACUAAGAGCAGCUGUAUGCUCUGUUCUCUUGUUAGUUUAGCUUUUUGUUUGACUCAGGUUAGCCCCUGACCAACCCACCACACACACACACAAAUAAAUAAACAAAGCUAAGUCGACGUAAGAGUACGGGGGUAAAGGUGGAGUGUGGGAAUAGAAAAGCGGAGGCAGCUGAAAACGCUUGUUUUCUUUUUCCGCAGUCGUGUACAAGACAGACUCCGCGACUCCGUGGACCAGUCCGAUGUCAGGAUUGCUGGAGGGGUCGUGGAAAUCGCCUUCAGCGACCGACCCUUUGGGGCAGUGGUUCGCACCCGAGAGUGCAGCCGCUGACCCCCUGCAGCUCAGCCCCAUGUCGUUAUCGGAGACCACGUCGGUGCGGCGCCGGCAACCAGUGUCGCAACUGCGGCAAGACCUACCGACAGUCGCAGCACAUGCUGCGGCACCGCCGCCAGUGCGAGGGCACCUUCCAGCUGCAGUGCGGCACAUGCGGCAAGAGGUUUUCCCGCCGCGACCGCUACAACCAACAUCUUCGUAUUCAUCGUCGAUGACUAAGGCACACAGAAGACGUGGAUAGGAAGAAAGAAGUGAUCGGGUCAGGAAGUAUUCCAGUCUUGGACUUCAAAGUAUUUCUGAGGGUUUCGCCUCGGUAGAGAGUCGUAGAGAUGUAUGCCAGCGAAAUGACUUUACACAUGGUCUGAGCAGGCCUGAAGUAACCAAGUUACACCAUGUAGUUUAUGUUUUGGAAGUAGUGGUAGGCAAGUUUGUCAUUUAACAGAAUAAACAUAAUGCUAUUGCUCGUCGGUUGCACACACAUUUACAUAUAAUCUUUUAUACGUUUUCAGAUGCACAUUUUAGUAUAUAUGAACAUUGCUGAAAGUACUAAGAACUUUUGUGUUUUGUUAAUGGAUGUCCUCCCCACCAGCUAACCGCUACAGGUGAUUGUUCUUUCUUCCUUUCUUCAAGAGGGACAUAGUAGUACCUUGGUGUUCUGUAACAAGUUGUAACUCCUGUGACGAUGCUCUGAACGUGUCAGCAAGGAUUGGGAUCAGUUCGUGUUGCUUCCUCUGGAUUCUUGCCUUCAGGUUUAGCUUCACCUCGAACUGGACUGCUGAAUGAACAAUUUUUCCAGUUAACUGCUAAAACGAGGCAUUAGACGACAUAACUUCCGGUUUAGUCACAUUCUUUGUUACGGCUCGCCAAGACCAACAGCGGAUCACUUGGAAAGAGGCUAAACAUUGGUCUUGGCAGACAGACAGAAACCCACCUAUACACAUCCUUGCUUCACAUCCUUUCGCCUUCUCUUUCCCAACGUUGUUACAUUUCCGGCGGAAUAAUCUUCGUGUAUAUUGAAAAAAGCAAUUCAUAGUGGUUGAAAUAUGUAUUCAUUCCCACCACACAGUGGCACAGACUGUCGAACUCUAAGCUUAAGACCAGCCAAAGGACACAGUUCAUGUGUGUGACACUUAAUCUUCCGCUGUAAAUAACACUAGCUUGUCAUGGCGCACUUGCUCCACCCUCGACAGCAAGGUGAUAAUGAACAUCGCUUUUUU